GUCCCGGCUUUACUACCGUAGAAAUCGAUCCCUCAUCUCCCCCGUCUGAAGGCCCCGGAAUUACAAUUUAUGGUCCUUUCACUACAAUUAUUGGUGAACCAGAUUCCACUGAAGCUUCUGAAGUUCCUACUCCCACACCCGACGGAGCUUCUACUUCCACACCCGACGGAGCUUCUACUUCCACACCCGACGGAGCUUCUACUUCCACACCCGACGGAGCUUCUACUGCCACACCUGCACCACCUGUAACCUCUGGAACUAUAAAUCCUACAUCUGUCGCAACAUUAACUGCCACAUCUAGUGCUUCCUCUGGGGUCUCAUCUUCUGGUAGCUCUCCGACUAGUAGACCUUCGAGUUCACGAAGCGCUUCAAAUUCCAAUAUUAGUACAAAACCAGCUUCUACGACAAGUCAAACUGCAACGAGUAUUAGUGCAUCAGAUUCUUAUAUAAAACCCGUGUUAAGCUUAAUGUGUUCUUUGAUCGCUAUAAUUUCUAUUGGAUUAUUUUAUUGA